AUGGCCGCGCGGCGCGCCGCGGGCGCGCCCCUCGCGCUGGCGGCGGCGCUCUGCUUGGCGGCGGCGUGCCGCUGGCUGGUGCGGCGUGCGCCCGCCAGCUUCGUCGCACCACGCGGCCUCCGCACGGUGCUGGACGAGUGGGAGGCGGCGAGCAUCCCGGCCCAGAUCCUCGAGAACCUGCAAGACCCGGAGCUCGAGGGGCAGAGCGUGAUGAAGUUCCGGGACGUCUACCGGCUCCUGGAGAUCAUGGGCAUGGACCGGGAAACGUUCGUCGAGGGGGUGGCGGCGGCUACCGAGGUGAGGGCGGCGGCGGCGGUGGUUACCGAAGCGGUGGUGGUGGUGGUGGCGGUGGGGGCGGUUACCGAGGUGAGGGCGGCGGUGGCGGUGGCUACCGAGGCGGAGGCGGUGGUGGCGGUGGCUACCGAGGCGGCGGCGGUGGCGGUGGUUACCGGGGUGGUGGCGGCGGGGGCCGAGGCGGCGGAGGCGGCAGGGGCCCAGCCCCGUGAA